AUGUCUUCUUCCGCAAGACCUUCCGGCAUUACCAAGCAGUCCUCCACAAUGGCUGCUUCGAAAAAUGCAGCUUCCGAAGCUAAAGCUGCGGCGGCGAAGAUGCACAGACGUUCGCGAUCGGGAUGUUUCACUUGCAGACUUCGCAGAAAGAAGUGUGAAGAAGGCAAGCCACACUGCAAGGCCUGCGCACAUUUAGGUCUACGAUGCGACUACAAGCGACCGAUGUGGUGGAGCAAUGGAGAGGAGCGACGCAGACAAAAGGAAAGCAUCAAGAACGCAAUCAAGCGUACGCAGCUUUGCAAGAAGGAAACCCAACAAGCUCAACAGCCACCGCUCAACACCAGCUCACCUCCUCCUCUUACACACUCGGCACCCGCUUCGGCAGAGGUUCCAUUCGCAGAGGCAUUUCCCCCAUCCAACUGUCCUUCGCAAGACUCGCCCUUUUCCGAUGCUUGCGAGUUUACGUACGGUGCUCCCGAUGGAUACUUCUCCAUGCCUCCACCUGCUCAGCCAUACAUCACGCACCACUCGCAAUAUCCCAUGUUCUCGCCGUAUGAGGUCGACAUCAAAACGGAACGCGAAAUUUAUGUCAACAACGUCGCAACCCGACGGGAUUCAACAAUCUCAACGUUCAGUACCUACCAACCUCCGCCAAUGAUCAAUGGUCUGCCAUCACAAUCUGCCGAUAGCUGGAUACAGCAGGAGCUGUACGAGAGUACCUCGGAGGAGUUCGCCGAGGAGCCAGUUGACUUUCACUUCUUCGACUUUCCGCAUGGCCCGCUCACUCCUGGCCACGAGACGAUCAUCAACGUCGAUGAUUGCGACAAGUAUCUUCUCAACCAUUUCUUUGACAAAGUGUUGAAGCUCAUCUUCCCCGUCUUGGAUGCCAACCAGCAUGGAUCAGCGCGCGCGGAUAUCAUCCUUCCCGCGUUGGAGUCGAACAAGGCGUAUUUGCAUUGUUGUCUCAGCAUCGCGGCCACGCACAUGAAGGCGACAGAGGGUGUGGUGGGCGAGCAGAUUGACAACGACGUCGUUCGUCAUCGAUACUCUGCCAUUUCCGAACUCUGUGAGGCUCUCGGCUUGGACAUUAACCAUGCGCAAAUUCUUGAGGCCACCCUUGGUAUGAUCUUCUUCCAGUGCUCGGUCGGCCGAGUCGAGGACGCGCUUCCAGACAUUCCAUGGCACCAGCACUUUUCUGCCGCRACUAGCCUGGUCAAUCGAUUGGAUCUUCCCAACGCCGUCCUCGAGCAAGGUCAACACCCCGACUUCAACAUGACCCUCACCUCGUGGAUUGAUAUUCUCGGCUCGACAAUCAUGGGUCGGCAGCCAACAUUCGCCGACACGUACCGCGAGCUCAACAUGCAGAACGGUAGUGUCGGWCUAUCGGAGCUGAUGGGAUGCGACGACAAGGUCAUGUUCCUCAUUGCCGAGAUUGCCUGCUUGGACGUUCAGCGCGACCUUGGACAUAUCGAUGAAGUGAUGAUCUGCGAGUACGUUCAGACAUUGGCCAAUGCCAUUGGUGCGACCGAAGUUCCAGUCGGCUCCGUCCAGAGCUGCUUUUCAACCACGGGUGCCAUCCGUCCCAAACAGCUGGCCAUCAACAUCACCUCUGUCUUCCGCGUUGCUGCACGCAUCUACCUCUGCACUCUGGUUCCAGGAUACUCACCCACCCAAGCGAGCAUGUGCCACCUAGUCUCGCACUUCUCCGAACUGAUGAAUUUCAUCCCCGCCGGCCCUGAAGGUUUCGACCGAUCCCUCGUCUGGCCACUCCUCAUCGCCGGCGCAGCCUCCACAGCCACAUCACCUUUCCGAUCCAUGUUUCAAGAACGCUGCGAUCGUCUGGGUGACGCUGCCAACUUUGGCUCCUUUGGCCGCAUUGGCGAACUUUUCAAAGACCUCUGGCACGUCAACGACACUGCCAUGGCUCGGGGAGAUUGUCAGGGCGUCCGCUGGCGUGACGCGAUGCAGCAGAAGGGUUGGGAUUUCCUCCUCAUCUGA